AUGAGUAUCUCAGAGGAGGAGGUGAAGGGAGGAAGGGACGAGGGGAACUUAGGACCUCGGCCUUAUAUGCCUUCGUCUCAAUCUCUUGGACCCGGCUCCUGGAAGGCUCAAGCCUCUCUGUACCGUACACUUGAGAGGUACAACAGUACAGUCUUCGGGUGGCAGCGCGGUGUCAGAGGCUUUCGCCAUGAGGUUCUAGUCCCCCAUGGACACGCUAUAACUCCCGCUAUGCUUCCGUCACCGCUCCAAGAAACAAGGCGGCGCCGUGUAUAA